AUGUUUCGUAUCUUUGUCACAAUCACCUGCGCUGUGCUCUGGGAAGCCUCAAGCAGCCAAGCUGUGACUCCGACCGUGCAGGUGGCUAAGCAGUGGAAGUUGCUGUCUUACGACUUCCAGCCGGAGGCACCCAUCCGCGAUCCCAAUUUCUUUAAUCCGCAGAAUGUGCUGAUUACCGGCUUGGCUGUGACUGAGGACCGCAUAUUUGUGGCCACGCCGAAACUAUUCAGCGGAGUGCCGUCCACAGUCACUUGGGUAUCCAAGGCACAAUUUGGAGACUCUCCCGUGUUACAGGCCUAUCCUGACUGGUCCUUCUCAAAUACGGCGCGUACGGAUUUCAAUUGCAGCGAUCUUAUACUGACCUCCGUGUAUCGACUACGCAUCGACUCCUGCAAUCGCCUCUGGCUGCUAGAUGCCGGCAUUUCGCGCUCCUUGGAGGAUUACGAACGCACAUGUGCUCCCAAAAUCCUUGUUGUGGAUUUGAACACCGAUCGCGUGGUGAGGCGCGUGGACUUUCCCGCAGAAGUUCUUCGCGGCGAAUCGCUUUUCACGAACAUGGUCAUCGACGAGACCUCGGCGAAGCACUGUGAUGAUGUUUUUGUCUACAUAAGUGACACUGUGGAGCCGGGCAUUGUUGUGUACGAUAGUGGCAAGGAUGUGACGUGGCGCGUCUCGCAUCCGGCAAUGUACCCUGACCCUGAUUUUGCACAAUCCGAGAUUCUUAACGAUCGUUUUGUGCUGAUGGACGGCGUUGUCGGUUUGGCCUUUGAUGAACGCAACGGAAUUGUCUAUUUCCAGCCUUUGGCCACAGAUCGUAUCUUUUCUGUGCACAAGAAUGUGCUCCGUGCCGGUCCCUUGCCUUCCGGUCAAAUGCUUGACAUUAAACUGGUCGGAAAGAAGUCCUCACAGGGCAUUGGACUUGCCGUCGGACCCUUUGACAACAGCCUCAUUUUCAGUCCACUCAGCGAGACGGCCAUUGCCUCAUGGAAUCCGGCAACUAACCAGCAGUCUGUGCUGGCCUACGAUCGUGAUCGUUUACAGUUCAUUGCCGACAUGACGACCACACGAGCGGAACCAGGUGUGAUCUAUGCCAUAUCUUCAAAGUUUCAUCGCUUCUUUUUGAAGAAUCUGAAUUCGAAUGAGCUGAACAAUCGCAUAUUACGUUUGGAGCUGCCACAUAGCAGCAAUUCAUUGCAGGCUCAUCCACUGCCGGUGCCCGCGCACAAUAGUCUGCAUGCCUACGGCAUUACCGGCCUCUACAGUACACAGAGUGCAGCGCACGCCCUACAAUCCUACUUCACCAGUCCUGCACUCCAAGCGGGUACCACACAGCCACCAUACAAAUACGAUCACUCAGGCAUUCUCAAUUAUUCGCUGCGCAAUCCUUUUACGGCCCUUAAUCAGGGCGAGGCUUUCCCACCCAGCAAGGCGACGAGGGAUAACUAUCAACGCUCCUAUUUGGACACUCUGGUAGGCGGCAGUGUUCCAGCGCCGCAGCCUAUAGCCUACACCCCACAACAACGUCACAGUGGUUACUACUAUCAGCGAGGUGCAGGUGCAAACUUUCAUCCACAGUAUAAGGAGCUGAUAAAUAUUUACGAAUGGCGCAAUUUGGAAUUUGCCUUUCCGAAUGAACGGGAACGCACCCAGGCCUUGAAUAGUGGACGCUACAAUCCUGACAGUCCCAUUCCCAUCGACAUCGAUGUGUAUUACCCACCAAAAAGCACCGAACCGCGCCUCUUCAUUACAAUUCCGCGCUUUGGCCAGGGUGUGCCCUACUCGCUAGCACAGCUUACGAGGGUGAAGCGUCCUAAUGGCACUGAGCUGCAGCCGUUUCCCAGCUACGACUGGCACAGCUCCCAUGGCACAAACUGUGAUGGACUCACAUCGGUAUAUCGCGUGCAUAUUGAUCCCUGCGGUCAAAUGUGGAUUUUGGACAGCGGAGAAAUCGAAUUCGAGCAGCACUGCGCUCCGCAAAUUGUCGUCCUAGACUUGGCCACAAAUCAGCUGAUACAUCGUUAUCGGCUGCCCUCAGACGACUACAAGCCAAAGAUCAGUCGAUUCGUAACGCCUCUCGUAGACAUCACAGAUCCUCCACCGCAGGGCAGCUGCAAGGAGGCCAUUGUUUACAUGAGCGAUCCAACAGGAAUGGGCAUAGUAGUUUACGAUGUGCUGGCUGGCAAGUCGUGGCGCAUCGAAAACAAGUUCACAUAUCCUAAUCCGACAUUCGGCACUCACACCAUAGCGGGUGAGAGCUUUGAACUACUGGAUGGAACACUAGGUUUGGCUGUGACGCCUCAAGGGAUCGGUUUGCGUCGAUUACUAUACUUUCACUCGCUCUCCAACGAGCUGGAGGUGGCUAUUCCCCUUGACGUGAUCAAUAACGCAACCAAUUGGGGAUAUGGGAUCAGCUCGUCACUGGAUGAGUUCAUUCCUCUGGGCAGGCGGAAUGUACAAUGCGCUGCCUCUGCGAUUAGCAAGGCCGGCUUUUGGUUUUGUGGCUUCCUCGAACCCAUCGGCAUCUUUGGCUGGAACAUUCGCACACCGUACACUAUGGAUAAUGUGCAACUACUUGCUUUCAAUCCGGAAACAUUGCAGUUCGUGAGCGGAAUGAAGAUUAUCAGGCGACCAGGCGACAUGCUCGAAGAGCUUUGGGUGCUGUCGAAUCGAUUGCAAAAGGCAUUUUCCGGUGCGCUCAACUACAAAGAGAUCAAUUAUCGCGUUCAGCGCUGCUCCGUCGAUGACAUGUUGUUGGGAAGGGGCUGCCGAGUGUAG